AUGAGCUCCAGCCAGUCGAGUCUCCGGCGCCGAAAGAGGUCACUGACGAAGAGGAGCUCGCCGUCGCCGUCGAAGUGCAACGUUACCCCCAAAACAACUAGCACGAGGAGUACGGGCCCAUAUGAUCGGGCUUUCCAGCAACACCUGAUCGAUCACGAUGUUUUCCCCGACGGCUAUGAGUACCCAGAUGGCCGAUUACCGCCGGAGCCCGAGAAUAUGGACGAGAUACUUCGUGCACUGGCCCAGCCUAGGGCAUCUCUAUCUCCGUCUCGAUUCACGAAGGACGACUUCCGCAAGUUUAGGCGGGCAGAUACCCAUGCGUCUAAGGAGAGAGAAGUUACCACAACCGUUAUUCCAAUUGUCGGAGGAGACGUUGGCGAUAGGAAGUGUGUUGCCGGCGAGAUUCCGUUCACGAAUCUUGAGCAGUUGACCGACGGUACGCUCGUACCAGGCAAUCCUGAUCUAUAUUACGGCGCACGUCCCGAACAGCUCGAUAGAAACAUUCGCAGAGAACUGAAUAACCAGAUUAUUCCCUCUACUCAACACGGCCUUCCUAUUGCUCCAAACUAUCUUUUCCAGGCUAAGGGCCCUGAUGGCAGUCUGUCGGUCGCAACUCGACAAGCAUGCUACGACGGUGCGCUGGGAGCGAGAGGUAUCCACAGCCUACAGUCAUAUAAGCAAUCGGAGCCACAAUACGAUAAUAAGGCCUAUACACUCACGUCGAUAUACCAUGGUGGCACUCUGAAGAUGUAUACUAGUUAUCCGAUAGCACCAUCAGUUCCUGGAGAACGACCCGGCUUCGUUAUGGCGCAGAUCAAAACGUGGGGUCUAACUGGUGACCUCGAUGCCUUUCGACAGGGAGCUGCUGCUUUCCGGAACGGGAGAGACUGGGCCAAGCGAAAAAGAGACAAUGCGAUGAUGCAGGCGAAUGAGAGAGCCGUUCAAGAUGUUGCAUCUGUCCCAGGGAAUGAUGGCUUGGGAUUGAGCUUUCCAAGCGAGGCGUCGGCUGAUGAAACAAUUAUCACCAGCCAAGAGACGAUUCUAAACCUCGACUUCAACAUACCACCCUCACAUGAGUCCGACACGUCCGCAGAUGAACUAUCACGAGAAUUUCACCCUCCCAAACGCACAAAGUCAUAUUCUCCGCAGAAAAGGUCAUAG